GACCCAGUAAUCAUGGUACGAAACCUCAUUUACUUCAGAGCGCGACAGGUAAUUAUUUGGAGUCUUUUUUGUAGCGACUAGUCCCAGUUUCGGUUUCAGAGAGCAACGAGACGGGAGAAGAGGGAUUGUAAACAAAGUGGGCACGUGAUCGCAAAAAGCCAUGACGUAUGCUCUGACGCACAGCCAGCGUGCGCGCCGGCGUGCGAGCUUCGUUUUGCUAGUUCGUCUGCUAUGCCUGCACGUGAUUUGCCAUGUUCUCGCUAUCCUCGCCAUCAUCUUCGUCGUCGUCCUCGUUUUCGUCGUGCAGUGGCGAUGAUUUCCUGCAUGUGGCAGUCGCCGCCAUAUUAGACGUGGCCCAUCACUUUCAAUUUGACCCACUAGAGAGCAGCGACUCGGAUAUUGCGGCCGGCGACGGGGAGGACGAACCUGAACAAAACCCUCGCAUCGGCCACGUUCAAUGGUGCCAAUGUGGACACUGCAGUGCAAUGGAGACUCAGCUCGAGUCGGUGUGCUGCACAGAACUUGACCGUGUGGACGCACUUCGGGGCAACGAGGCAUGCAUCACAAGCCACCCCACCUUUGUUCAGUAUUGCCUGAACGUGCAUGCCCUUGAAGUGGCGUAUUACGCCUCAUGGAAGACUGUCCGGCGCUUGUAGAGGCUUCGGAAAUCCACAGGUAUUUAGUUACACCUUUUUACCGCGGCCUCGACUCAAAGCACGACGGUCGCAAUAUUAAAUUUUCGGUCGGGAAUUAUUUGUGAUCUCACGUUGCAACAUGACGUAAUACGUCCAUCCAACCUUCCGUGUUAGUGUUCGAGCCCAUCAAUCGUCGCACGCGCGUAACUUCUAAGAGACGUGCAGUCGACUUCACAAAUUUACGGUUCACGGUAUCUCAGACAAC